AUGCAAUUAGCGCUGAUCUGCAUAACUGUGAGCAUACUGCUCAUUCAGUUUGCAGAUGUAAAGGCAGAUUUCGAUUGGGAUGAGUUAAGAGAUGGUCCUGUCGAGGAAAUAGUACCCGGAGAUGGAGGCGAUAUUAUCUGGAAUCCCCAACCGAUGCAGCCUUGCGACUGUGGAGAAACAACCACAACUAAUAGACCAACUAGGAGAAAAGCCACGAAACCACCACGAACCACAACGACGACCACAAAGCGGACCACCAAAAAGAACACCAAACGUACAACGACCACACCAGCCACACCGGAUACAACAGAUGCGUCUACAACGACCACGGAUGCAGGUACAACGGUCACUUGCACCCCUCCCCCUGUACCUUGUGGUUGCUCCGAUCAAACUACUGGCAGCAGCACCGAUACAUCCAGCGACACUUCCAUUGACACAUCCACCGACACAAGUACAAUGGCCUGCAACGACACUACAACUCCAUUGUGCACUGACACCACAACCCAAAGUUGUACCUGUGGUCAGGAAACGUCUCCGACAAUACCUACUUGUCCCUGUGGCGUAGAAACUUCUACUGCGGUCCCUACAUGUCCCUGCAGCGUUGAAACUUCUCCUGCCCUUCCUUCAAGUACCUGCACAACAGGGACUUCUACUGCAACUCCAACCACUACACCCACAACAACUAGUUGCACCACGUCAGCAACUACUCCAAUAACAACACCUUCUACCUGUACCCCACCAACUACCACUCCGACAUGUACAACGACAACAUCCACAUGUGCCCCAAUAACUACCACUACAAGCACAACAACUGCGUCCACAUCUACCACAAGUGCCCCAACAACUACUACUGAAAGAUGCACAACAACUGCAUCCACGACUGCCCCAACAACUACAACUCAAAGAUGCACAACAACUGCAUCCACACCUACCCCAACAACUACCACUGAAAGAUGCACAUGCACUGCAUCCACGACUGCCCCAACAACUACAACUCAAAGAUGCACAACAACUGCAUCCACUCCUACCCCCACAACUACUACUGAAAGAUGCACAACAACUGCAUCCACGACUGCCCCAACAACUACAACUCAAAGAUGCACAACACCUACAUCCACUCCUACCCCAACAACUACUACUGAAAGAUGCACAACAACUGCAUCCACGACUGCCGCAACAACUACAACUCAAAGAUGCACAACAACUGCAUCCACUCCUACCCCCACAACUACAACUCAAAGAUGCACAACACCUACAUCCACUCCUACCCCAACAACUACUACUGAAAGAUGCACAACAACUGCAUCCACGACUGCCGCAACAACUACAACUCAAAGAUGCACAACAACUGCAUCCACUCCUACCCCCACAACUACAACUCAAAGAUGCACAACAACUGUAUCCACUCCUACCCCCAUAACUACAACUGGGAGAUGCACAACAACUGCAUCCUCGACUGCCCCAACAACUACAACUCAAAGAUGCACAACAACUGCAUCCACUCCUACCCCCACAACUACUACUGAAAGAUGCACAACAACUGCAUCCACGACUGCCCCAACAACUACAACUCAAAGAUGCACAACACCUACAUCCACUCCUACCCCAACAACUACUACUGAAAGAUGCACAACAACUGCAUCCACGACUGCCGCAACAUGCACAACACCUACAUCCACUCCUACCCCAACAACUACUACUGAAAGAUGCACAACAACUGCAUCCACGACUGCCGCAACAACUACAACUCAAAGAUGCACAACAACUGCAUCCACUCCUACCCCAACAACUACAACUCAAAGAUGCACAACAACUGCAUCCACUCCUACCCCCACAACUACAACUCAAAGAUGCACAACACCUACAUCCACUCCUACCCCAACAACUACUACUGAAAGAUGCACAACAACUGCAUCCACGACUGCCGCAACAACUACAACUCAAAGAUGCACAACAACUGCAUCCACUCCUACCCCCACAACUACAACUCAAAGAUGCACAACACCUACAUCCACUCCUACCCCAACAACUACUACUGAAAGAUGUACAACAACUGCAUCCGCGACUGCCCCAACAACUACAACUCAAAGAUGCACAACACCUACAUCCACUCCUACCCUCACAACUACUACUGAAAGAUGCACAACAACUGCAUCCACGACUGCCGCAACAACUACAACUCAAAGAUGCACAACAACUGCAUCCACUCCUACCCCCACAACUACAACUCAAAGAUGCACAACAACUGCAUCCACUCCUACCCCCACAACUACUACUGAAAGAUGCUCAACAACUGCAUCCACAACUGCCCCAACAACUACAACUCAAAGAUGCACAACAACUGCAUCCACUCCUACCCCAACAACUACUACUGAAAGAUGCACAACAACUGCAUCCACGACCGCCCCAACAACUACAACUCAAAGAUGCACAACAUCUACAUCCACUCCUACCCCAACAACUACUACUGAAAGAUGCACAACAACUGCAUCCACGACCGCCCCAACAACUACAACUCAAAGAUGCACAACAUCUACAUCCACUCCUACCCCAACAGCUACUACUGAAAGAUGCACAAUAACUGCAUCCACGAGUGCCCCAACAACUACAACUCAAAGAUGCACAACAACUGCAUCCACUCCUACCCCAACAACUACCACUGAAAGAUGCACAUGCACUGCAUCCACGACUGCCCCAACAACUACAACUCAAAGAUGCACAACAACUGCAUCCACUCCUACCCCCACAACUACUACUGAAAGAUGCUCAACAACUGCAUCCACGACUGCCCCAACAACUACAACUCAAAGAUGCACAACAACUGUAUCCACGCCUACCCCAACAACUACUACUGAAAGAUGCACAACAACUGCAUCCACAACUGCCCCAACAACUACAACUCAAAGAUGCACAACAACUGCAUCCACUCCUACCCCAACAACUACUACUGAAAGAUGCACGACAACUGCAUCCACUCCUACCCCCACAACUACAACUCAAAGAUGCACAACACCUACAUCCAUUCCUACCCCAACAACUACUACUGAAAGAUGCACAACAACUGCAUCCACGACCGCCCCAACAACUACAACUCAAAGAUGCACAACACCUACAUCCACUCCUACCCCAACAACUACUACUGAAAGAUGCACAUGCACUGCAUCCACGACUGCCCCAACAACUACAACUCAAAGAUGCACAACAACUGCAUCCACUCCUACCCCAACAACUACUACCGAAAGAUGCACAACAACUGCAUCCACGACUGCCCCAACAACUACAACUCAAAGAUGCACAACAACUGUAUCCACGCCUACCACAACAACUACCACUGAAAGAUGCACAACAACUGCAUCCACAACUGCCCCAACAACUACAACUCAAAGAUGCACAACAAAUGCAUCCACUCCUACCCCAACAACUACUACUGAAAGAUGCACAACAACAGCAUCCACGACUGCCCCAACAACUACAACUCAAAGAUGCACAACAACUGCAUCCACUCCUACCCCAACAACUACUACUGAAAGAUGCACAACAACUGUAUCCACGCCUACCCCAACAACUACCACUGAAAGAUCUACAACAACUCCUUGUCCGACCACAUCGACUCCAACGACAACACCUCGUCCAAUAACCACGACGCGUCGUCCUUGCCCGUGCCGGCCCCAACCUCCAAUCCAGAUCCCGCCGUCUUGGUGGUAUCCUUACCCAUCUUACCCCAACCCCAUGUGGCCCUGGCAGCCUAACCCGAAUAUCCCGCAAUGGCCACAGAUACCAGGUUAUCCUCAGCAGUUGCCGGCACCGUUGCCAUAUCCUCAGUGGCCCUGGCCUCAAUGGCCAAGGCCACCAGUAGUGACGCCUACAUCCAACGAUUGUGAAAACAUUUGCGAAAACCUGUUGAAGGGUGUGAAGUACCAGGAAGAUCUCAUCAGAAGGUGUUUGUGUCCACACCCAUAG